AUGAGCGAAUUGAGAUUCAGUUUGCUGCGGGUGGCCUUGUACGACCGCGACGUCUCCAGUGCUGCUAUGGGGGCUGACGAGCUGCUGGGAGCAGCAGAUCUGCAGCUGCAGCUGCUGCUGCAGCAGCGCAUAUAUGACAUCACAUCUGUGUUUUCCCCGUUUGCUUUGCUGGACGAGGGGGGCCUUUCUGGAAAAGAAGAAGCCUUUUUGCUGCUGCAGGGAUCUCGCCAUUUGCAUCCUUCUCAAGAGACAAGAGCUUUGCUGAAGGAGCCUCCUUGUGGGGUUUGCUGCAGCAGCAGCAGCAGCAGCUGCAAGCACUGCAGCAGCAGCAGCAGCAGCAGCAGCAGCGACGCCGAGGGCGCGUCGCUGUACGCAGCGGAACUCGACCCCGCCGCGAUCCUGAGGGACGUGCAGCAGCAGCAGCAGCAGCAGCAGCAGCAGCUGCAGCGGGAGGGGGACUCCGGGGGCUGCCGGCUGCGGCUGCUGCUGCAGCUGCUGCCCCACAAGGCCUGCUGCAGCAGCAAAAUGCCACUUCUCGAUGAACUCUCCGCGCUGCUGCUGCCAACUCCAAAAGAAGCAGCAGAAUCUGCGCUGCCGCCGCUGAACUUCCCCACACUGUGGAGAGACCUCCAGGACGCCCACAGGAAACUCACCCAAGGGCCGCUUGGAGUUGUUGCUGCUGGGGUUUACGAAGCAGCUUUUUGGCAGCGGCCGGCGCUGAGCCUCAGCUGUCUCUUUUGUUUUCUUUUUCUUUGGAGACACCCUUGCUAUCUUCCUGCUGCUCUUUUCUUUUUCCUGCGAGGCCGGGACGCCGAGUUCGUGGGGGGCCCCCUGGGGGGCCCCCCGGGGGCCCCCCCGGGAAGUCUUAAAGCCUUUGAACUGAAUGCCAACCAAAACUGCGCAGAGGCUUCUUUGCUGCGGUCGCUGCUGUCUGCUGCAGUGCCGCCGCCGCUGCAGCUGCGCAUUCGCAUGCUGCACCACACCCUGCGGCAGGUUGUCUCCUGGUCUCUUUACUACCAUUACCGUCUCUGUGAACGCCGGGAAUUGAUUGUGGGCGCGCUGUGGCUGCUGGGCGCCUGGGCAGCAGCAGAACCUCUCGAUGCAUGCAAGGCGACCAGCUACUGCGUACUUGCUGCUGGAGUGGCGCUUUUGACCCACCGGCUGGCAGCUGUGGGGUCGGCAGUGCGUUUGGCCGUUGCGGUGUAUAGGGAGGUUCGGCUGUACAGACACCGCAAGACUCGGCAGCACUUGUUGGCAGUGCCUCUGGAGUAG